GAGGAGGAGGGGGGGGGGGGGUGUUUGGAUGCACUUUAUCCUGAACGGAGGGGCAGAGUGGCUCAUUUACGCGGCAGCCUAACACACGCCUUUGGGCAUCACCGCCGGGUGAAGGAUGCGAGGAUCGAUCAAAUAGAGCAAAUUGACGACCAAAGUAUUCGUCCAAAGCCCAAAGUGAAGAGCGGGGACGUGGCAAACUAUGAUACGAGGAUGAUUUCUGCAAAGAAAACUCCGGAGGAGAGUCGGUAUCCUAUCCACUAUCUGGUGUGGCACAAUAAGCACCGUCAGCUGGAGAAGGAGCUGGAAACGAGCAAGCAGACCGACAUAGAGACAGUGGACCCCCGUGGCCGGACGCCUCUCCACCUGGCUGUCACUCUAGACCACCUGGACUGUGCCAAGGUUCUGCUUCAGCAUGGAGCUGAUGUUAGCAAAGAGAACCGCAACGGAUGGACCGUUCUGCAGGAGGCGGUGAGCACCAGAGACCCGGAGCUGGUGCGGCUUGUGCUUCGUUACCGUGACUACCAAAGGACUGCCAAGAGGCUGGCGGGCAUCCCUGUCCUUCUGGAACGAUUGCGCCAAGCGGAAGACUUCUAUGUGGAGAUGAAAUGGGAGUUCACCAGCUGGGUGCCUCUGGUGUCGCGGAUCUGCCCCAGCGACACCUACAGAGUGUGGAAGAGCGGUCAGUGUCUGCGUGUGGACACAACCCUCAUGGGAUUUGAACAGAUGACUUGGCAAAGAGGAAACCGAAGCUUCAUUUUCAGAGGACGAGACUCCAGUGCAGAGGUGAUGGAGGUUGACCAUGACAGGCAGCUGGUGUUCUGCGAGACCUUGUGCGUCUCUUCGCUCGCAGCGCUCUCACCUGGCCGGGGAAGAGGCGGGGCCAGCUGCAGCACCGUGGCCGGGUUGGGUCUUCUGGGAGCGAUGAAGCCCACCAACGAGCAGGUUGCAGCCCGGCUGUCUGCCCCGGUGGUGACCACUCAGCUGGACACACGCAACAUCACUUUUGAGAGGAAUAAGACGGGCAUCCUUGGUUGGAGGAGUGAGAAGACUGAGAUGGUGAAUGGAUACGAAGCUAAGGUGUAUGCAGCAUCAAAUGUUGAGCUGAUCACCAGAACCAGAAGUGACCAUCUGACGGACAAGAACAAGACAAAAGGCGGGAAGACUCCGCUGCAGAACUUCCUCGGGAUCGCUGAGCAACACAUGGGACCCAACAAUGGGGCACUGGUGACCCAGAUGUCGUCUCCUGCGGUGACAAACCCUGCGGCGCUGACGGUUGAAGAAUACUUUAACCCGGGCUCCACCCCCACUUUGAGGGACAUAGGCCACCCGUGCCACCUCACUACCAAGACCCAGAGGUUUAAAGCCAAGAUUUGGCUGUGCGAGUCGCAUCCGCUGUCCCUGGCUGAGCAAGUAGUGCCCAUCAUCGACCUCAUGGCCAUUUCCAACGCUCUCUUCGCCAAGCUGCGUGACUUCAUCACCCUGCGGUUGCCUCCUGGAUUUCCUGUCAAGAUCGAAAUCCCCCUGUACCACAUCCUGAACGCCAGGAUCACCUUCAGCAACCUGAACGGUUGCGAGGCGGGAGCCAACGUCCGCUCUGACGGCGAGAUGGGGGUGGACAGAGACGGACAGAGGGACGCGCCGACGAUAGACACGCCUUCACCCAGCAGCGACUCCUCCAGCGUUUCCAGCUCCAGCUCCACCACGUCAUGCCGAGCCGGAGACAUUCCCCCGUGCGUGUUCGAGCCCCCGCCAGGAUACACCAUGCUCGCGGGCAAACCGAGAGACAGCAUGCGGGAGGAGGAGGAAGACCUGCUGCAGUUUGCCAUCCAGCAGAGCCUGCUGGAGGCCGGAUCUGAAUACGAUCAGGUGACCAUCUGGGAGGCGCUGACCAACAGCAAGCCAGGAGCGCACCCCCUCUCCUGUGACCCCAGUCGCGUGGAGAGGACCCCGCAGCACAAGCCCCGCCCCCCAACCAGCCUACACUCCACACCCGCCAAGAAGCAGCCGCCCGCCUGCAGCUACGACAGGCAGCUGCGCAUCGCCAUGGAGAUCUCAGCCCGCGAGCAAGAGGAGGCGGAUCUCAGGCGGCGGCGAGAGGAGGAGGACCUGCAGCGCAUCAUUCAGCUGUCACUCAUGGAGAAAUGAGACGGCUCACCUGGAGAGGAGGACGAGGGGAGAAGGUCUGGAGCUGGGGUGCUUGGGAGAGAAGGGCAGAACCGGCCACCAUAGAAGCUUCGGAACCAGUGGUUCUGUCCGAUAUUGUUCUCCCAUCACCUCCACCAGAUCUUCCCCCUGAAGCCAUGCGGCUGAAUUCAGACAGCUAACAAAGGAACACCAGGUUCCCCUCUAUGGUGCCACAUGGUACUUCAUGGACCAGCGCCAGUUUACAACCAACACAUCCAGAACAAGUUUAGUGGAACACUUCUGUGGGUUUGCAGGUUUGUGACUCUGCACCGAAGGCCCCCAAACAAACACAACCAGGGAGCCCAUUUCCACUGAGAGGUUCCUCCAGUUUACACUGGAUCCAUUCAGGGGCCGGCACUCUUCCUAAAAGCAGAGACAAAAUAAAUGUAUAAAACAAAAUCAGACUUCUCUGGGGGUUUUUUUAUAAAAUUUUGAAAAGUCUGCUUCAACUUGAUUGAUUUUGGGUUCGCACAAAAUCCAGAUGUACUGUACUUAGCUGGUGGGUUUAUCACAUAUAUGACUGUUAAUGGAUGUUGAUGAGUUUGAGCACAAAGUCAGGACAGUUUUAGCCAACACAGGGUGCACUAACUUUACUGUAUGCCAAUGAAUUUGUCCCAAACCCUGCGUGUUGUGAGUUGAAUUGAGGGACAGGGCCGGUGUUUUCACAGCGCUGAGACGCAGGAACCACAGACGCUCAUUUCUUCACGCCACAUCACCUGAACGAUGUUUCUGCAUGAUGUGCAUCCACUCUGAUUCACGGUUCCACUCACUUAACCAAUAGGGUUUAAAGUGACCCAGACAUUUAUUUUAAAGGAGCUUCAGGCUACUGAAGCCAUGAAAAGGAGGACUUUUCCCUUGUUUUUCCUUUUAUUGGUCAUUUUAAGAUGAGCACAAUCUGAGGUGAUCCAGCUCUGCCUCAGUGGGUUUUUCCCAAAAAAACUUAACUGGUUUAUAAACUUUUUUUUUUUUUACUUUUUAAAAAAUCUCUCAGAAGGACGGAUGUGUUACGAUGUUUCUCGAUGUACGCUGAGAAGUGGAUUUCAAUUAAUCAAAUAAAGAAGAAUCUUUUGGAAAA